UAGUUCCUCCGAACGAUACAUUUCCACAAUUAAUAUUGACAUUUUUUAACAAUGUGCUUCGUUUUUCGCAGCACACUACAUUUAUAAACAAGACUUUAUCCGGGAUAGUGCUUUCUGAAGUUGUUUAAAUGCGUGUCGUUUACGAGCGUUGCCGACGUAUCGCGGAGGGAUCGUCACACGGCCGCUGGCUCUGGCGUGGAGCGUAAUUUGAAACACUCUCGAGCUCGCUUUAAUCGCACGAAUUGUAUAUUGAGAAAACGUAUUGAGAAAUUAGUGGACUUUUUUUUAUGACGCAUUAGCUUAUAUGUGUUUUAUUUAGACAGCCUCAUUUACCUUAAAUUUAGAUGAUGGCUACCGUGGAGAGGAAGACUAGAAGUACUGAGGGAGGUCAGAAGGAGAAACUGUUGGCCCCCUCAGAAGAAGACUCUCCAUCUGUUGUAAAUGACACUUCAUCUCAGCUGAACUUCUCUGAGCUCACACCAUGUCAGUUUGGCAUCUCUGUCCAGAGUUUUACCCCAGCAUCACUGUCAAAAAGCAAAGAAAAGUCUCGUCUGGCACAAUUAAAAGCAAGGCGGAGGUCCAACGUUGGUGUCCGGGGCUCCCCAGAGACAAACUCCCUCAUCUGCUUCAUGGCACGACAGAGGAUGAAGACUCCACCAACUUUUCAAACUCCAGAGCUUGUCAGAAGUAGCCCCUUCCUUCCCCGGGUGGCCUCCACACUGAAGCAGAAGAUGGCCUCCUUCCAGAACCUGAUGGAUGUGGAAGAGAGUGAGGUCUGUGAUCCGAUGCCAAGGCAGGACCACAACACUGGAGGAUGCAUCAAGACAAGAGAUUAUCUGUCUGAUGGGUACAGCUGUGAUGGAGGGAAGGAGAACCACCCACCACUGAUGACACCGACACCCACACCCUGCAAGAGGAGGCGCCUAGGCCCCCUAGAACCCUGCCAGUUGGAGAUUAGAAAGACCAGCGCUCCUAUCCUCCACCUCAGAUUGGAGCAGGAGGAGGACAGAGAACCAGUGACACAGGCUGUGACAGAAGGACCGCUGCCAUUCACUGAGGCUGUGGAAGAGGCUCAAGCUGUGCUUAUAUCCCCACUCCCUCAUGUUGAUCUUGAACUCAAAGCCUGUUCGCCUGCUAAGAACCAACAGCAGGACUGUGUCUUUGAACUCCAAAGCCCCAGCAAACCACCACCUGAUGCUUCUGCAGCGGCUUCACCAGCUCGGCCCACAUCCUCCUUCCGCAUCCCCUCUCUGCCUUCUCUGCUGGAGAUGAAGCCCACAGGAGAGGAUGACUCCACAGAGACAUCCAAGGUCAAGAACAAGAAAAAGAGUGUGCGCUUCGGCACUCCGCUCUCUCCCGAGUUCUUUGAUAAGAACCUGCCCCCCAGCACCCCGUUACAGAAGGGGGGCACGCCGGCCCGAGCACCCACACCAGGUGGCAGCUUAAAGCUGCGCUCAUUGCUAAAGACACCGCAGAGGAGUGAAUCCCAAACACCACAAUCCCAGCCAGACCUCAACAGUCCCACUGCGUUUGGUGCCUCACCUACACUUGCAAUGCCUCGCAACCGCAGGAUGCACUCUGUGGGUGAUGACAGUGAGGAGGAGGAUGGAAAGAUUGUUUUCCCUUCAGUGGAGGAUAUUGACUGUGCUGUGACAUGUGAUACAGAAAGCACAUGGGACGCCGAGCCAUUGAAUUUAAACACUGCUUUCCAGGAAGAGUCUCUUUCUCAGAGUUUGACAGAGUCUGACACUAAACCCAGCAUAACCUCCCAGAUGGAUCCCUGGAAUGAGCUGACAUCUGGGCCAGAGCAGGAAAAGAAAUUUGAAGAUCCAGCCCAAACUAGAAACCAAAGAAAAAAGCGGCCAGGACCAGAGCUUGAAUCCAGCAGCGAGGCUCCAGCUCGCUCCGGCAGUCGAAAGAGAAAGCAGCCAGAGGAGAGCGAACCUGUGAAGAGGUCGACACGCUCUGCUGCCAAGUCGGCCUCAGGGAAGAUAAAGAUGACCUCCACAGUAAGACGUCAGUGGAGUAAGGAUGUAGACCGCUCCCUGUACAGCUCUCGAGCGUAUGCCUCAAAGAACCCCACCUUGAGUCCCAUCACAGAGAGGUUGUCCUUGAUCAGCCAGUCUCCAGCAACACAGCAGACUCCCUUCUCCAGCCACACAGCCCCAAAUCAUGAGAACCACUUGAACCCUGAGGUAACCAACGACAGUCAAGCAGCAGCUGAACCCACUUUGAUAGAUGCCUUAAACCCUUCAGAAGAUUCCGUCACAUCUCCUAACUGGAGUAAAGAUGGCACUGCAGGCAUCAGCAGGAGGCUAUCUGGCCCGAGGCUCAAAGGGAGAGGACUGAAGAAGAGGAAGGUCAGUGUUGCUGAACUGCAGACUGGUGGAGUGAUGGAGGAGCAUUGUGAAGACCAAACCUCUACAAGCCUGGAGGUAUCCAGCGAAACCCUGCUGACCCUCGCUGUACCUCAUCAGGCAGGGGCUGACACUGAACUUAAUGUCCAGACUUCUGCAGCUACACACUGCACAGACUCAGAGGGAAAAUUUGAAUGUGAUGGCAGUGCUGAUGCCCACUCCUUAGACUGCCCUCCUUCAGGUGAGGAGACCGACAAUGCAGAGCCAGCCCAGGGAAAAACCAACAAGAGGAGUUCUGCAAACAGCUCACAUCUACAGGAGCAGGGGAACCAGGCAGAGGAGCACCAAACGAGCCAUGAGGUGGGGGAGAGGCCUGCAGCUGUCCAGCAGGAAAACACCAACAGGUCAAGCUCUGAUGGUGAAGAUGAGGAGGGAGCUGCCAGUUUAGACCUUGCCCCCUGGCAGGCUGACUUUAAUUUUGAAGAUGUGUUCAAACCUGUGGCCACUAGAGGUCAGCGCUCGGUACGGCGUAGCCUGAGGAACCAGAGCACUGCAGAGCACGGUGCAGGUCUCGCCUGGCUGCCUUGGAGCUCCCCGGAGUCCAGUAAAGAGGCCCGCAGGAGGACCAGAGGGAGACGACUCAGCGCUGCUCCUCCUGUCCAACCUUCGCUCCCUGAGGAGACACUAGAUGAGGCCUCAUGAGACUUUUAAAUGAAUGAACUAAGGUGAAAGGGCGAUAUCUGAUACAUCCAUUCCAUCCUCAUACAGACCUGCCCUGUUUUAUUGAAAUUAAACAGAGACUUUACAAAGAACAGCUUGAUUGUUUUUAUAAGAGCUAAACUGUCGAUGCUUCUGCUCCCUGUGAAUUAUUAGAGCUGACCGGUAAUUUGUAGCCGGUUUCCCUCCACUAACCAAAGCCAGUCAAUACGCUGAGAGCCAAAUCAUCUCUGCUGACCACCUCUUGAUCAAUAUCCAACCACUCAGCUGGUAAUCACAGUGCAUCCUCAGUCUCACUCUCCAAAGUCACUGGAUCGUGCAUCUCCCAGUCAAUAUCCACUCUUUAUGGAUAGAUGAACAGGGCCAUACUGCAUUCACCAUCUGUCAGGCAAGGCUGAGGCGGGUGAAUAGUAAUUGAGGGAGAAAAUGUGACUUAGAAAAUGUGAAGUCUAAUUAAUAGACUCAACCAAUUCUGUUUAUUUAUGGUUGUUGGAAUGGUUUUGUUUUUAAUUUUGGGUCUUUUUUUUCCCCCCAGAAUGAAAUUUCUGGAAGUGGUUGCUGUCUUAUUAUUAUCUGAACUUUUAAUGGAUGAUUUCAACAUACUGUCAAUGAUUAAUAGUAAUAGCCUGAUUGAAACUGUCUUACAUCGCAUCAAAUUUAAUAAUAAGUAAUGUGUUCUCUACGAGUUCCCUGAAAUGUCCAAAUGUACCCUGCUAGACUCCAAUUCUGAUUAAAUGCUUUGGUUGCAUGUAAAGACACCUCAUUAGAUCAAAUUGUGUUCAUUUAACCACAUGAUUUAGACUCAUUUGCAAGGAAUUCAUCCAGAUAAUAAAACUGCCACUGUCUCUGCAAAUGUGA